AUGUCGCAGACCGAUCAGCAACGGCAGGACAGUCUUGUCAUUUUGUCCAUCGUUCUCACAACACUGUCCACGGUUGUUGUUGCGAUACGGUCAUUAAUACGCUUCGUCAUUAUACGAAAGCCCAGUUAUGAUGAAUACACAAUCAUCGUCGCACUGUUCUUCACCAUAGGCUACAUGAUCGAGAUCAUGUUCCUCAGACAGAAUCACGUCGGCUUCCCAGCUUCGACGUUAACCAUGGACAACAUGUUGGAGAUAUUGCAAACCACGCUGGCAGUCGAGGUGACCUACUACCUCAUCGUCGGCUUCAUCAAGACGUCCAUUCUCUGCAUGUAUCUCAGAUUUGCGGUAUCUGAAAUCUUUCGCUAUCUGUGCUAUGGCACCAUUGUCUUCCAACUUGUCUUUACAGCCAUUUGCAUCUGUGUGACAUUAGGUCAAUGUCAGCCACUUAGCAAGUUAUGGGACCUCACCGGAACACAACCGGGUGAUUGUAUCAAUACCACGGCAUUCUUUUACUCGACCUCAGGUGUCAAUAUCAUAACAGACUUUUGGAUCAUAGCAUUACCCAUCAAAACUUUGAAUUCAACUACACGGCCGCUUCAGGAGAAAAUUGCCCUCGCUAUCAUUUUUGGCGCCGGCAUUUUUGCUGCUAUCAUGUCGGUUGUGCGCCUGCAAAGCAUUUACACAUACACCCUGGCCACCGACCCCUUUCGCGACGCUAUUGCAGUGAAUCUUUUCUCACAAAUAGAGAUCAACGUUGCCAUUCUUUGCGCCAGCGUUCCAGCCUUGAAGCCUAUCUUCACGCCUCGUCGCCUGCAGGAGUUCAGGAAUGGGAGGAGAUAUCAACACCGACCACAAGACAAGUUGGACUACGACAGCCAGAGGAGCGCAUUUAGCAGAAAGAGAUCACACCCAGAAUUGUACCCAGACACCAUCGACCUUACAAAGCUGCCAGCUGCAGACCGAAGCUCGACAGCAUCGCUCGGGGGUACUGAGUCGGAAGAAAUUGUGUUCAACAAGGUCUGGCUGCCGCCAAAUUCGAAGAUUGAAGACGCCGAAGAUGAGAUGACUUUCGAUUUGCCGAACCAGAAGGCGUUCCAUCCUUACCUCACCUCCCCGGCCCUUUGGUGGGCCCCCGAAUAA